UCGUGAAGUUGAGUGGGCAUAUUGUGUCAAAUAUGUGAAACGUAGAAUAACGGAAAAGUAUAGUAUAUGGGUUGUUCCAGAAACGUAGGGACCAUCAUCUCAGGAAGAGGCUUUUAGAUAUUUUGAUCUAUAUAUUUAGCAUCUUUGGACUCGUGCACUUGCAAAGCUCUUCUCUUCAUAUGCUUAAACUAUUCAAACAUCAUAUAUUCAUAUCUUUUCCUUUCUUCCUUUUUCGAUAUUUGCUCAGCUUCUUGUUGUCGUGAGCAGUGAAUCUCUCUCUAUUGUGCAGCGAUGGGAGGAGUUUUCUCUGUCUCGAUGUCAUGUGACCAAAUGGUGAAUCAGUUCUCCAAAUGGUUAUGCCUCAAGGGGAGUUAUAUUUACAACCUCGCUGAGAAUCUAGUCUCUCUCGAGAAAGCCAUGGGAGUGCUCAAGGCAAAGCGAGAUGAUGUUCAAGGAAGGGUACACAGAGAAGAGUUCACUGGGCAUCGUCAAAGGCGUGCUCAAGUCCAGGUAUGGCUUACGAGGAUCCUAGACAUCGAAAACCAAUAUAAUGACCUUCUUAGUACUAGUAAUCUCGAGCUUGAAAGGUUGUGUAUGUGUGGAUUUUGCUCUAAAAAUUUGAAACUAAGCUAUCGUUACGGGAAAAGGGUAAUCUUAGUAUUGAAGGAGGUUGAGAGUCUUAUUUCUCAAGGGGAAUUUGAUGUGGUGACUGAGGCAACUCCUAUAUCUGAGGUUGAAGAGUUGCCUACUCAUCCCACGAUUGUUGGUCAGGAAACAACGCUCGAAAGGGUGUGGAACCGUCUGAAGAAAGAUACAGUAGGGGUUGUGGGUCUGCAUGGUAUGGGCGGUGUAGGCAAAACCACCCUUCUCACGCAGAUCAACAACAAGUUUUCCAAAACAGGCGAAGGAUUUGAUAUUGUGAUAUGGGUUGAAGUCUCUAGAAAUGCUUCAGUCCGUAAGAUUCAAGAGAGCAUUGCGAAAAAACUAGGCCUUGUGGGGAAAGAGUGGGAUGAGAAAAACGAGAACGAGAGAGCUCUUGACAUCCACAACGUUCUCAGGAGGAAGAAGUUUGUGUUGUUGUUGGAUGAUAUAUGGGAGAAAGUAAACUUAUCUGCGGUUGGAGUCCCGUGUCCUAGCACAGAAAACGGAUGCAAAGUAGUAUUCACCACCCGGUCUCGUGAUGUAUGUGGGCGUAUGGGAGUUAAUGACCCAAUCGAAGUCACUUGUCUGGACUCCGAAAAAGCCUGGGACUUGUUCAAAAAGAAAGUAGGAGAAAACACGCUGGAAAGCCACACUGAGAUUCCCAAACUCGCAAGGCAAGUCGCUGAGAAAUGCCGUGGCCUACCAUUAGCACUCAAUGUCAUCGGCGAAACUAUGGCUUGCAAGAGCACAAUACAAGAGUGGCAUCUAGCACUUGACGUUUUGACUUCAUCUGCUCAAGAGUUCUCAGGCAUGGAAGAUCAGAUUCUUCCCAUUUUGAAGUAUAGCUAUGAUAAUUUAAAGGGGGAGCAAGCGAAAUCAUGUUUUCUCUAUUGCUCUAUGUAUCCUGAAUAUCAUUAUUUUGGUAAAGAGAGAUUGAUAGAGUAUUGGAUAUGCGAAGGAUUCAUAGAUGAAAAGGAAGGUAGAGAGAGGGCGUUAAACCUCGGUUAUGCGAUACUCGGGACUCUUAUCCGUGCAAGUUUGUUGGAGGAAGCAGGGAAUUCAUCAUAUUUCAAAAUUCAUGAUGUAGUACGGGAUAUGGGAUUAUGGAUAGCAUCUGAUCUAGGGAAGCUUAAAUUAAGAUGUAUUGUGCAAACUGACAUUGGGUUGCUUGAGAUGCCUAAAGUAAAGAACUGGAAAGAUGUGAGAAGGAUGUCGUUGAUGGGUACUAGUAUUGAAAAGAUAUCAGAGAGUAGCCCGCCCCCCGACUGUCCUGAACUCACAACUCUCCUCCUCGGACGUAACGCACGCUUAACAACAAUCUCUGGUGAUUUUUUUUGGUCUAUGCCUAGGCUACUCGUUUUGGAUUUAUCACGUUGUUACAAUUUCAAUGGAUUGCCAGAGCAAAUAUCAAGAUUGUCUUCUCUGCGAUGUCUUGACUUGGCACAGACGCAGAUAGAUCGACUACCUGUUGGUUUCCAAGAGUUAAAAAUGCUAAUACAUCUGAAUUUGGAGGAAACCAAGGUUGUGAGUUGUGAUGGGAUAUCAAAUUUGUCGCGAUUGAGAACAUUGAAACUAGCAGAAUCUCAAGUGUGGCUAGAUAUGAGCCUAAUGAAGGAGCUGCAGCUCUUGAAGCAUUUGGAGUUUGUAAGCAUAAAUAUCUUUUCUAGUUUGGUUGGGAAGCUAUUGUUAUAUGAUCCCAGAGUAGGGAGAUGUAUUCAACACAUUAAUACUAAGGACCCUCCAGAAGAAGAAUCAGAGCAAGUAUUCGUUUUGCCAGCUAUGGAUACUCUUCGUCGCAUCGAUAUAUGGAAUUGUGGAGGGAGGGAGAUAGAGGUAGCAGAGAAGACACCAUUGAACAAAAGUCCGACUAUACUCCAGUGCUUCUCAAACCUCGUUGAAGUGCGAUUAGGAACGUGUGAUGGUCUUAAAGAUUUGACGUGGCUGCUGCUCGCGCCAAACCUUACUUCCCUUUGUGUGUUACAGUCAAAACAACUAGAGGAGAUAAUAAGCAAAGAUAAAGCUGCGAGUAUUUUGGAGGAGACACGUAAUGAUACUGUUGUUCCUUUCAAUAAUCUAAAAAUCAUUUUCUUGGCUGAUUUGCCCGAGCUGAAGAGCAUCUUCUGGAGUGCUCUACCUUUUGAACGUCUAAAAUAUUUUUCCGUCAUGGAGUGCCUGAAGCUGAGAAAGCUUCCAUUGGAUUCAAAAAGCAUCUUAAAGGUUGAAGAAUUCGAUUUUCAUUGCGAAGAAGAAUGGAUACAAGGGAUUGAAUGGGAGGACGAAGCCACACGAAACCGUUUCUUACCUUCAUUUAAUCGGCGUGCACCUCAUUAAUGGAUUACACAUUAUCCUUGGAGUAUUGUCUUAUGAGCUUGUUUUCAAACUCUUUCUAAUUUUCAUUUGUCCUAAAUAAUAAAUUAUCUGAUGGCU